CGUGCCUUUGUUGACUUUCCUGCCUGCAGAUUCCGUCCUUCAAAUUCCAGAAGCUGCCCGCAAAGACCCUGAAAAUUUCUCUUGCAAGUCAAGUGCGCUAGCAGAGAUGACGAAAAAGGUAGAGGGUCAUCAAACCGAGCGCAGACGCGGUGUCGAGUCAUCGCGUGAAAGUGAUUACCAGUCUCUCCCGGACGCGCCUGGAAAGCAAGAAUCGAGUCGCCUUCAUCAAUGGGCUUUGCGUCGACGAGAUAGUUCCGACCGUUCCUCGCAACCACACUCUGCACCAACUGACAACUCUGCGCAACGUUCGGAAAACUUUCAGAAAUUCUACCGCGCUGUUGUAUCGCCAACUCACGUUCGCGUUACUGCUGGUGGCAGAAUUGUCCCCAACACUCGAGCUACCGCGCCACCUCCAGAGUGGAACAACAACGACAACAACUCUGGCUUCGAUCUCGCAAACCAAACGUCCGUACCUGAAUCCAACGAUCUUCAAUCCGCGCCUUGGUUUCCCCACGCGCAGUUGAAUUCUGGCUUCGCACCUUUGACUCCAAACACCUUCGCGCCUCCAUACAGCUUGCUCCCACAAGGCAAUUUGCUCCCCAUGCCCAGCAUGGCGUCGUACCCCCAACCGAGUCAUCCUGGCUUUGAAAAUGGCUCUGCGCUGGCAAACAUGCACGCGGAUGCUGGUGGUAAUGUUGUUCAACCUGGCUUGAUCAAGAUUUCCCCGCCAGCUCAAUUCGAUCAGUCAAGACCUUUCAUGUACAACGGCCAAUGGGUCUUCCCAGUCGGCGCCCCUCAAAGCAAUGUUUCUCAUCCGGUGAGCAUGCUUGGCAAUCCAGGUUUCUUUCCUUCACAGCAAAUGUCCGCUGCAGGAUUCAUGCAAAAUUCAUUCCCUGUUCCAAUGACCAGCAUGCCAAACUCCAUGGUCUUUUCCACAGGUCAACAGUCAGAGGGUAUACCCGCAAUGCCUCCUUCGAUGCCAAUGACCGGUAUGGUACUGAAUCCCGAAGCACUCAAGUCUCAUGUCUCUGGCAUGCGCUCUCAAUUGAAGAAUAUCGAGGAUCAAAUCUUCAACAACAAGGGUCAGGCUGAUCAAUUGUUCAUGGAACAUCAACGAACCUUCCUUCUGGCGCAGAUCAAUAACAUCGAAGCCAUGAUCGAAUAUCAACGUGCUCGCAAUGUCAAAGGCACCAAUGGCAGCGGCAACGCACAUGGCGGUAGCGCAAGCAUUUCUCAUGGUUCUUUGACGGAAACAUCUACCCCAAAUACCCAAGCCGUUGAACUUGAGGCCAAGCAGCCAGUAGUCGUCUCGUCCUCAAUGGCUACUUCCAAGAAGGUUGAGAUGAAUGGAUAUGCACCCGCCGCCCCAGGCAAGGAUGGUACAAAGGCACGCACUGAGCCGAGUAGCAAGUCCCGCUUGACUAUGGCCGCAGCAUUAGCACCACCAUUCCAGCCUCGCCCGCGAACCAUUGCCGAUAAUAACAUUCAACCUCCCUUCAUUGAGCCAUCUCCAAGCCCCGAUUACAUUGCAAUGCUCGAUGCCGACCCUCGGAUGCAGGCCGAAGUCAUGGCUAGACUGAAGGCGAUUGCUGUCAAGAAUGGAAAUGGUCAGACUUCGGCUGCGAAUGAUAAAUACCUGACUUUCAGCUUCGGCCCUCCCCUUCCUGAAAAGCCAUUCAAGAAGCGUGCUCAACCUAUGCAGCGAUCGAGUACCUACCAUGGUCCAACGAAGUUUGCGCCCGAGGAAACUUUUGCCAUGCCACCAGGCUCCGUUCCUUAUCUCGUUGGAACUUUGCCUUAUGGUGUCAGCGCAACUUUUGCCAAGGCCAAGGACUUCAUAUACGGUCGCCCACUCACCAAUGAGGAACUUCGUGCUCGCUUCCUGUAUUGGGGCAGAGCACCACGUUCUGUUCAGAGCGGACUGCCAAAGUUCGAUGGUAAGGACUUCUAUCCGCCAUCCCCGGUCAAGGGCAAAGUCAGCCUCGUCGCACCUAAUGCAGAAGUUGGUCAAGUUCCUCCUCGUGUUGUGACUCCUGUCAAUAAUCAGAAUCCAAAUUUCGACAACUUGUUCGCCUCUCCAUGGUAUCCUGGUUAUAAGACACCAUCACCACCACCUGGAACUUUGAACGGCGGUUUUGUGACUAAGGGACCCAUUCCAGCACAGCCAGUCUUCACCAACCGUUCGCAAACCUCCGAAGCUUGGGGAACCUCGUACAGUGAUGGUUCAGCCGGAGCAUCGAAUGCCGUUGGUCCUCAUGCAGAAGCAGCUUAUCAUCAACGUACUUCGCAUUACAACACUGCUAGCUCGGCCAAGGCUUCCGAACAAGAUUUCUCUACUCUCUUCCUCGAACGUGGUGCCCCCGGAUACAAGUCCCCAUCUCCCAUCAAGGACGAUAUCAAGGAGACUGUGAUCUACUAUACCAAGCAGGGCGUCGAUGGCUAUGCUCCCGUGACUCCUCAGAACCCAGAAACUCCCGACACCGAAGGUGAUGAAGACAAAGUAUGCACUCCGGACUCUUGGAAGGUUGAACCCGAAAAUCAAAGUACGCCUCUCAACAACGCUCAUCCUGGCCUCUCCGGAUCACCUCGCAGCCAAGUAAGCUCUUCAACUAUCGAGAUCAACCUUGGCUCCCAAGCCAACACCACGGACCCAGAGCAGACAUAUGAGGAGCGUGUAGACAACUUCAGACACACCGAGCAACAAACCUUGUUUCUGCAGAACAUCUUGAAGAAGGAGGCCCCAAUGGUCGGUAGUGCUUUGUCCGGUACGAUCUCUUCUGCUACGGCUCAGGGCUACUUGCCCCCAUACCGUGGAUCUGCUGCGGCCUCGCUUGCCCCGGCUGUUAUGAACAUGCAGCACACGGACUCGGAUGGAGAGAAUGGCGGUUCGAAGCGUGAUUCGAAGCAUUUCUCGGGUCCAGCUCAAGCCAUGGCUACCAGCUUCCUCCCUGAAAAUCGACCAUUCAACUCGGAGCGAAUCCCAAGAGCUGCCCCUACCUCAGAGGCUGAGAGUUACAUGAGAUAUCUUACUACCAAGGAGGAGAACGACAAGCGAAUCAUCGAGCAAGGAUGGAACGCCAAUACUACUGGUGUUGGACCCAUCACUGGCUCCGAUUGGUAAGCUUGCUUACGUUGUUUGACUGCCGCGCUUGGGGUUCAUGAACGAACGAGCUUUCUGAGCAGCUGGCGAGCUAUUGCUUUUGAGCUUGGCACCGCU